AUUGUUGUCGUAUAGAAGCAUAAAGAGCAUAAAAUGGAAGUACAAGUACUCGAGUAAAUUUACAUAGUUACUUUCCACCAUUAUGUAAUACUUAUGUUGCUGUAUUAAGAAUAGUUCAGAAUUCUUAAUCGACAUUCCCAUAUUGUGAUAAAGAGUCAGAAGGAAACUUGAUUUUUGGUCAUCAGACUCUUGUGACAAAGAUAUGUAAUGGAGGCAGGAUAUUUUAGACUUUAACAAUAGAUUUUAUUAUUCAAAAUGACAUGAGUGCACAUAAAUUGAAAUUUGGAAUGUAAUAACUAUAAGUGAUCCCAAGCCUUAUUUUUUCCUUAUAUUGUAAAGGAAAAAAACAAAAAACAAAAACAUGGCUAUACAUAUAUCAACAUAAUAUUUACUUUUUCAGACACUGUUCAAAGGAUAUAUGUCAACAUACAGAAAAAAGACAUACAUAUCAACUUACAGACCUCUAAAGACCUCUCUCAGUCUCUUUCACACACACAGGCAUAGAGACAGUCCCAGAAACCAACCAGUAUUCCUGUACUGUAAUACCCUAUUUUAGUGCAUUUAAGUCCAUCUACCAGGUUAGCAUUAUAUGAAAUAUUAAAUGUAAUAAAACUAUAUUUUAUCACUGCAAAUUGCAGGGAUGACUGAAGAGACAGUGGCCAGGAAAAAGGCUCUCGUUUCAGUUUUAAUGUGCUUCAGACACAGUCAGCCCAUGAAGUAAAUGCAACAGGAAAUGUCAACCUUGUUUUAUCCUCACUCACUCACUCACUCACUCACUAAGCUGGUAAAGAUAAGAUAUGCUAUCCCCGACUGAUAGAGCUCAGCUCAGAUAUGUUUGUGAUAUGACAGCCUUUACUUGAAACAAAUGGACUUUCCUCACAUUUCUGUUUUGAGGAUUUUUUGUCUUUUUGUCUUUUCUGAAUAUCUUCAGUUUUUGACAUGUUGGUCAGACACUAUCUUAGUAUUUAGAAAAUAAUAUUGAUGGGCUUUUUUUUCAGCAUUUUUAAAAUAUUGUAUAAAUCAUUAAUUAAUGGGCUCUUGUAAACACAGAGCCAAUUUCAGAGACCAGAGUCAAUAGGAUUGCCUUUCUCUCUAUUCUGCAGUUUUUUCUUCAUCAGCCUUUAUCUGUCUUUGUCUAAUCUCAGCAGACCACAUAGAGUUCGUAGGUCACUGGGGGAAAGGUGAGACCACCGAGCAACUGCUUGAACUUGUUGUCAAGGCACUUAUCUGGGGAGUCACGUUUCUAUUCCUUUUUAAUAGUAUCUACAGUAGGCAGAUGAUACAGAUGUGCAAGACAAACAGGGUGUGUUAUUGCACAAUGCAGAUUAGUGGUUUUAUAUAUGUUUUAUAUUUAAUUGUACUUUGCAACAGCAGUGAGAGAAAUCACAAUGAUGUUAUCGCCAAACCUUUACUAUUUCAUUGAUGUUAUGCAUGAAUAAGUGCAUUGAUGAAUUCUUUGCAGUAAUCAGACUCACUGUCUUGCCGCAACCAGCCAAUCAGAGCUCUGCCGGGAACCAGUUUGAACUUUGCUUGGUAGAUUAGCUGAGGUUAUAUAUCACCUUGUAACUGAAUCAGUGAGUGUUGUGUGCCAGUUGUAUUUCAGUGCAUGCUCCUCAGGGUGUGUGGUUGCUGUAGCAGCAGUAACAACACCUGGGUCACUUUUGGGUGUUCAGCCAAGAAAGGAGAGUCACAAUUUCACCUAGCUGCUGUCUGUUACAGGUUCCCUCCUGGCCAGCAUCCCUCCACACACUCCUUAAACAUGCUGAGCCAGGAGUUCAUUCAGAAGUUGAGGUUGCCAGAUAUGGAGGAUGUCAGCCAGUACGUCAGGGGCAUCUCCACCCCCAUGUUAGUUAGCAUGGGGGCAGUGGCUGCCGCGACAACCUACUACAUGGCAACACGACCUAAGGCCCUCCCACCAGCCUGCGACCUUCGCAUGCAGUCAGUCGAGGUUCAGGGUGGAGAAUUGGCACGUCAGUCAGUUUUACUCAAGGGAGACGGAGAUCACUUGACCUAUUUCUACGAUGAUGCCAGAACAAUGUAUGAGUUCCUCCUCAGAGGGGCCCGAGUCUCCAAUAACGGUCCCUGUCUGGGCUCCAGGAAACCAAAACAGCCCUAUCAAUGGUUGUCCUACAGCGAGGUAAUUGAGCGCACAGAAAAUCUGGGUUCAGCAUUUCUUCACAAAGGACACUCCAAGACCACCGACUCCCACAUUGGCAUCUUCUCUCAGAACAGACCUGAGUGGACCAUUAUUGAGAUGGCAUGUUAUACCUAUUCUCUGGUGUCAGUCCCUCUGUACGACACACUGGGAACAGAAGCCAUCAGUUAUAUUGUGGAGAAAGCUUCCAUCUCAACCAUUGUGUGUGACGUGGUAGAGAAGGUCAACCUGGUCCUGGACUGUGUGAAGGACAAAGAGCACACUGUGAAAAACAUCGUUCUAAUGGAGACACCCAGUGCCGACCUUGUCAGCAGGGGCCAACAGGCUGGUAUCCACAUCCUCAGUCUGCAGGAAAUGGAGGCUAUUGGGAAGGCCAGCCAUCACCAACCAGUGCCUCCACAACCUGAGGACAUGGCUGUUAUCUGCUUCACAAGUGGAACAACAGGAAACCCGAAGGGAGCUAUGCUGACUCAUGGGAAUAUUGUGUCUAACUGCUCAGCCUUCAUUAGAGUGACAGAGUCUUGCGCUCAGACCACCCCAGAAGAUGUCAUGCUGUCUUUUCUACCUCUGGCCCACAUGUUUGAGAGGGUGGUGGAGGGAGUGAUGAUAGUGCAUGGAGCCAAGAUUGGCUAUUUUCAGGGAGAUAUUCGUUGGCUGUCUGAUGAUCUGAACACACUGAGACCCACUGUUUUCCCUGUGGUACCCCGACUCCUGAACAGAAUGCAUGAUAAGAUCUUUGGGCAGGCCAACAGCUUUCUGAAGCGCUGGGUGCUGGGCUUCGCUUUCAGGAGGAAGGAGGCAGAGAUGAUGAAAGGCAUCGUGAGGAGAGACAGUAUCUGGGAUCGACUCAUCUUCGGGAAGGUCCAGGCCAGCCUUGGAGGUCGCGUGCGUCUCAUGAUAACUGGAGCUGCUCCCAUCUCCCCUUCAGUCCUCACCUUCCUCAGAGCUGCACUAGGCUGCCAGUUCUAUGAAGGCUAUGGACAGACAGAGUGUACAGCUGGAUGCACCACAACCAUGCCUGGGGACUGGAGUGCCGGCCACGUUGGAGCUCCUCUGCCCUGUAACUCAAUCAAACUUGUGGAUGUGUCUGAGAUGAAUUACCUUGCUGUAAACGGAGAGGGAGAGGUGUGUGUGAAGGGUCCUAACGUGUUCCAGGGUUAUCUGAAGGACCCAGAGAAGACUGCGGAGGCUAUUGAUGCAGAUGGAUGGCUUCACACUGGAGACAUUGGAAAAUGGCUUCCGAAUGGUACCCUGAAGAUUGUGGACAGGAAGAAGCAUAUCUUUAAGCUGGCACAGGGGGAGUACAUUGCUCCUGAAAAGAUUGAGAAUGUCUACACGAGGAGUGAUGCAGUGGCACAGGUCUAUGUGCAUGGAGAUAGUCUACAGGCAUGUCUGGUGGCAGUGGUGGUUCCUGACCCUGACUUCCUGUCAGGCUGGACCAAGAGGACGCUGGGACUGGAGGGCAGCUACCAGGAACUAUGUGACAGAGCGGAAGUCAAGACAGCCAUCUUGGAAGACAUGGUGCGAUUGGGCAAGGAAGCAGGCCUCAAGUCCUUUGAGCAGGUGAAGGCCAUCUGCAUUCAUACUGAGAUGUUCUCAAUCGAGAACGGCCUGCUCACUCCAACUUUGAAGGCGAAGAGGAACGAAAUGCGACAACACUUCAGAUCUCAGAUAGAUGAACUGUAUGCUGGGAUCAAAAUGUAGAAAGAGAGCAAAAUGGAAGUACAUACACAAGAGCUUUACCAACGGAAGAGAGGAGAGUACAAGCAAAGGCACACAAAUUGAAGUGAAGGCAUCCUCUCAGACCAAAAGGAUUGUGGACCUGUUAUGUCUUAAUGAACAUUAUCACUAGAAACAACAGGAAUAGGAGGUGAUGUAGCUUUUAAUGGAACUUGAUUUAAAGCAGUUAGAACAAAAUCAACCACCUUUAAGAUCAACAACACAGAGUACAAAACCUCUGACUGUCAAGCGUAGAUUUUAUGCUGAAUAUAAAUAUGUCUAUUGAUGAAUUAGUUUUGCAUAUGCUAUGUACAGUACACAAUCUGUGAUCCUGUGAUGAUUCAUAUCUAUUUUUUUGUGAUACUAGCUUCUUGAAGGGCAAUUUAAAGGGAAGUAUCAAAGAGCAGCUCUGUAGCAUCAGAUAUCUCAGGACUUGAGAAUCUUGACAAGAAUCACACACCUUACCUCCUUACACCUGCACACACCCUUUAACUUGAAGGACAAAGAUUACUACUUCAACAUGUCUGUGUCUCACAUGACAAUUUUCGUCAGAGGUCAUGAUUUUAUUUUACUAUGUUUCUUGAGUUUGUUCAGUAGGAAUUUAAAAUUCGCAGUGGGUAAUAGGAAUGUCUCUGUUGGGUCCUUGAAUCUUUUCAUGAAUAAGCUUGGGUCCAGUUAGGAUCCUGAGAACCAGCAGAGUGAGCCAUAUUUAAGAAAGUCGAAAUAAAGCUAGCUGUGCACGGGAAAAUCAGGUACUGGAGAACAGUCGGAACAAAGGGAAACUGUUUCUGUUUUAAUUUAUUUAUGAUCUUAAUAGGAAGAAAAGAGAUUGUUUAAGAAAUCAGUUUUCUUAAUUUUUUAGAAUGAAAGGAAAAUUAAAUCCUCUUAAAUGUUUUACUGUUUUUAUUUCAUGGAAUACUUGUGACUAUGGUCUUGCCAUAAUUGUUUUUACUGUCAUCUCAGAUUUGUUUUGUAAAAAUGUUAAUUAAAAAUCAUCAAAAUGGC